UCCGCCGACGAUCAGCCCGUCCGAACAUGACGUCGCCAUCAGCAGCUUCCAGCGCGCGCUGUUACGUGCCCAGAUCCGUGAUCGUGGCCGUCGCCGCCGCACUGGCGUCGUGCACCGACGCCGCCACAGUGAUGACCAGAAUGAAAGACACUUCKAUGUUCAGGUCCAAAGGAGCCAUUGACGUGGACGGAAAUGCCCCAGCGACAGCCAUCAAAAACAACGCCGAAACGUACAACUUUAACGCUCAAAACUACACAAAUUCCGCCAACAUUACCGAUACGGAAGACGAUGAAAGUACGUCCGGUGCAGUGGGUGACGAGGAAGCGCUGUCCGCCGUGUGGUACCUAGCCGCGUUUGGCGGCCUGGUGCUCUUCUUCUUCGUGGUCACGUGCUCUGAACUUUUCUUCGGCAAUCCCAUCUACACGCGUCGCCCCGUUGAACUUCCGCACGCCGGGUACCUGCGCCGUCACGUGUACGGCAUCCGGAACCACGGACAGCACUACGGCGGCAACUACAAGCCCGAGACGCCACCCCCACCAUACCACCUGUUCGCUCCACCCAGCUAUGACGAUACCGUUAAGGGCGGGUUCGGACAGGUGCUGCAGCAACAACAGCAACAACAGCAGUACCACCACCGCGUUCCUGGCAAGAAGCUCGCCAACGUGUAUGUGGUGCCCGUGCACGCGGCCACGACCGCCGCUACCGGUGCUACCACCUACGCUGCCGGCGCCACCACCUGCGCCACGUGCACCACGAACGCCGUGGCCGACGCCAAGCUGUUGGCCGCCGUGYUGCCACAGACGAAAUUCAAAUAAUCGUCGUGGCCGCCACCGACACUAUAUUAUACCUUCACAUUUCCCAUUCCAACAUCAUUCGUCCCCUCGUCACGUCAUCGGUCCACCACUGGAUUUUUACCCCUUCGCGGACGGACCGGGACGGAAGGCGACGACGACGACGACGACAACGACGACGGCUACCACGACAAACUACUAUUUUUUUUUUGUGUGUGUCGCACAAAAGAAGACGACGCGAGCGCCAAUAUAGUAAUGUAAUAAUCAAAAACAAUUAUUAGUGUAUAAUAUCGAUCGUAUGAUAUUAUUUCUCAAACACUUUCUCUCUCUCUCACACUCUGCCGUCGUGUCGUACACAGGCGCGUUCUUUGAUCUCAUUUUUAUACAUAUAAUGUACAUAUUCAAACGUUAUUUUUAUACACGAUCACACACACACGCGCGCGCGCGCGUGCGCUCACUACCUUUUAUGUGUGUUAAUCUUAUAAACACGGUUACAUAACAUUACGAUAAACGCGUUAUAAURUUAUUACUAUUAAUAUUGUUCGUAUACGCGUGUAGUGUAAUAUCAUGUUGGUUCGGACAAAAUUGUUAAUUGUUCCAAUAUACGAUAUCAAUAAAUAUUAUUGUGUUUAUAUAAUUUAAUAUUAUUCGUACAAU